GUAAUCUCAAUGCAGUGUUCCAGAGGGCGGGUUUGGUUCCAGCAUAUCUCUUCCUGUUUCAAUCCAGAGAAAAGUGCUCUUUCAUAUGCACAAAUAAUACUCUUACCGUUUGAAUACAAUGUUUACUAUUUUACUUAUCUGCGGAGGACUCGUCGGAUUGUACCUGCUGCUAUGCGUGACUGUUUUGAAACCGUCUAAAUGUCAAAGCACAGCAAAACUGCACGGGAAGACGGUGAUCGUGACUGGAGCAAACACGGGUAUCGGAAGAGCCACAGCGCUGGAUCUGGCGGGUAGAGGUGCUCGAGUGAUUUUGGCUUGCAGGGAUGAGAAUAGAGCUCAGGCUGCUGUCACACACAUACAGAAGGUGAGACGGGUUCAUUCAUCAGCGGUCAAUGUUGCUAAUAGUGGUCGUCCUCCAGGGGGCGCUGAACGGCCAGAAACCAAACACUCAAAGGAAACAGGAAAUAAAGAUGUGUUGUAUAUGCACUUGGAUCUGGCCAGCCUGCUGUCUGUGAGGACUUUCGUUGAGAACUUUCUCAAGAGAGAAUCUAGAUUAGAUAUUCUUAUCAACAAUGCAGGACUUGUAUUGGGGGGCAAGACUAAGGAUGGUUUUGGAAAGAUCUUUGGUGUCAAUCAUCUUGGUCACUUCUUGCUUACUGUUCUGCUGUUGGAACGGUUAAAAGAGUGCGGUCCCAGCAGAGUUGUGACUGUCUCUUCAAUGGCCCAUUUGUGGGGGAAAAUUGACUUCAACUGCAUUAACACUCAUAAAGAUUUGGGUUUUGGAAAUUCCACAAUGAAUUUGCUUAAGUUGUACGCCGACAGCAAACUCUGCAAUAUCCUCUUCACCUACGAGCUGGCCAAGAGACUGAAAGACACAAAUGUUACCUGCUACAGUCUUCAUCCAGGGGCCAUCAAAACAGAGAUCGGUCGUCACAGCAGCAUAUGGUGGCAGCUGUUCAUGAUACCAAUUUUUCUGCUGUUCUUUAAGGAUGUGGAUGCUGGAGCUCAGACUUCUCUUUACUGUGCACUUCAAGAAGGUCUUGAGCCCCUGAGCGGAAGUUACUUCUCCAGCUGUGCAGUGCAGAAGGUUCCUGCUAAAGCCAGAGAUGAUGCAGCAGCUAGAAAGCUUUGGGAAGUCAGCGAGAGGCUCUGUGGUUUAGCAUGAGCUCAUUAUGCACUAGAUACUUUCCUCCUGUAUCGAUUUGUAUGCACUGUAUACGAUCAGUGGUAUACUGUAAUUAAAUAAUUAAUUACAUUAAUUAAAUUACUUUUUGAUUGAAAAAAGUAAAGGGAUUACUCUUAAUUUUUCAGUAAUUUAAUUACAGUUACUUCGGAUGUAAUUGCGUUAAAUUUUGUAUAGACUAUACAACAAUUUUAUAUAAAACAAUAAUGAAUUUAAAAUCUAAAUUUAACAUCUAAUGUUAAAAUAUAUGUUUUCUAAUUCAACGCUGCCCCCUUAAAUUAUUUGGCCAGUUCAUUAAUAAUUUAUUUGAUUUUAUAUGAUUUAUUUGAAAGAAUUAAAAGAACAGUUUCAUGUCUAUCCUUGUAUCUUUCAUCUGGUCGAGGUUGAUAAGGGUUUUAGAACGUAAUUAGUAAUAAGUAAUGCAAUUACUUUUCAGACAGAGUAUUUUGUACAGUAAUCUAAUUACACUGUAGAUGUAAUUACUAGUUAGUAAUAAAAGUAGCUUUUUUAGAGUAACAUACCCAACACUGUAUGCAAUAUAUAUAAACAGCUUAAUUUCCUGUGAUCAUUUUCAAUAAAACCACUGAGUUAUUUUGAU